CUCAGAACAAAAUUGAACUAUAAUCCUCCAAAGGAUGAUGGCUCAACAUACAAGAUUGAACUUGAAGGGAUAUCUGUUGAUACCAUGAAAGAGAUACUAGAUUACAUCUUCAGUGGGCAGAUCAGGCUAAAUGAAGAAACUAUCCAAGAUGUGGUACAGGCAGCUGAUCUCCUGCUGCUUACAGAUUUAAAAGCUCUCUGCUGUGAGUUUUUAGAAGGUUGUAUAGCUGCUGAGAACUGUAUUGGUAUUCGGGACUUUGCACUGCACUAUUGUUUGCAUCAUGUUCACUACCUUGCCUCAGAGUAUCUGGAAACUCACUUUCGAGAUGUCAGCAGCACAGAGGAAUUCUUGGAACUGACUCCCAAAAAACUGAAAGAAGUGCUGUCAAUGGAAAAGCUCAAUGUGGGAAAUGAAAGAUACGUCUUUGAAGCAGUGAUUAGGUGGAUUUCUCACGAUGCAGAAUCAAGAAAGGUUCACAUGAAGGAUGUUAUGUCAGCAGUGUGGGUUUCAGGCUUAGAUGCAACAUAUUUACGUGAGCAGAUGAUGAGCGAACCGCUGGUACGGGAGAUUGUCAAAGAAUGCAAUAACAUUCCCCUCACGCCACCGCAGCAGGGAGAGGCGAUGCUGGCCUCCUUCAAGCCCAGGGGUUACUCUGAGUGUAUAGUGACCGUGGGGGGAGAAGAAAGGGUGUCACGGAAACCCACCUCAGUGAUGCGGUGCAUGUGUCCUCUUUACGAUCCCAACAGACAGCUCUGGAUUGAACUUGCUCCUAUGAGUAUUCCGCGGAUCAAUCAUGGAGUAUUGUCAGCAGAAGGGUUUUUAUUUGUGCUUGGUGGUCAGGAUGAAAGCAAGGCAACGCUAAGCUCUGGAGAGAAGUAUGAUCCAGACACCAAUUCAUGGAGUUCCCUGCCGCCAAUGAAUGAGGCACGACAUAAUUUUGGUGUGGUAGAGAUUGAUGGAAUUCUGUAUAUUCUGGGAGGUGAGGAUGGUGAAAGGGAGUUGAUCUCUAUGGAGAGUUAUGACAUUUAUAAGCGGACCUGGACCAAGCAGCCAGACUUGACCAUGGUUAGAAAGAUUGGCUGCUAUGCAGCUAUGAAGAAGAAAAUCUAUGCAAUGGGUGGAGGCUCCUAUGGAAAACUCUUUGAAUCUGUGGAGUGUUAUGACCCUAGAACUCAGCAAUGGACAGCAAUCUGUCCUCUAAAAGAGAGAAGAUUUGGUGCAGUGGCCUGUGGAGUUGCAUCUGAGCUUUACGUGUUUGGCGGGGUCAGAAGUCGUGAUGACAGUCAGGCCAGUGAGAUGGUGACGUGCAAAUCUGAAUUCUAUCAUGAUGAAUUUAAAAGGUGGAUUUAUCUAAAUGACCAGAACUUAUGUAUUCCGACUAGUUCUUCUUUCGUGUAUGGAGCUGUGCCUAUUGGAGCCAGCAUUUAUGUGAUUGGAGAUCUUGAUACAGGUACAAAUUAUGACUAUGUUAGAGAAUUUAAAAGAAGCACGGGAACCUGGCAGCGCACUAAACCACUACUUCAAUCAGACCUUCGCCGUACUGGCUGUGCAGCUUUGCGGAUUGCAAACUGCAAGCUCUUUCGACUUCAGCUUCAACAAGGAUUAUUCCGCAUUCGUGUACAUUCUCCAUGAUCCCUGUGCUGGAAGUGGAGGAGACUGGAAGAGUUCUACGCAAUCCACCAUAAUAUAGCUCUAUAUAAAGGAAAAGCUGAGAAAUUGCAACUGAAACUUACACUGUAUGCUGUGCUUUGGUAUGGUAACUGUUUUUGUUUUAAAUGCUUAAAAAGCUUGAGUCUCAGUUCAUGUUUCAGGGACAAAUAACUCUACGUAUACAUUAAAAGAAGAGAUAUAAAAAUGAGAUAAGGAAACACCUUCAGUCCUAACCAUUUAGAGAGUUUAAACUGUGUUACCGAAGGAGUUUCUUUGUGUCUGAAACUGGGAAUUGGUAUUCCUUUGACAAAGUUUGUUGAAAGCAAAAACGAUUUAAGGUGCAUUUCCCCUGAGGGGAAUUGGUAAGAAUAAAAGUGCUAUCUUGGACUGGAUAGCUGUAAUGCACAGAAGCUAUAUGAAAACCAACCUCUCUGGUAUACUGCAAAGACUGUUGUUCGACGGUAAUGCCAUAGGAGAUGUUGGUUGUUGCACCAUUUAUUUCUAGUCCUUCCUCAAAAGUUAAGGUCUGUGCCUAAAAAUGGUGGAGGUGUACAUACGUUUUUCAUUCAUUUGCAAUGUUUUCAUUCCUAAGAAUAUUUUUAAUAUAUUUAAAAUGGACUAAUCUAAAACAGAUACAAUACACUACAGAUAAGCGAACUGUUUUUUCUACGCUGUCAUUUGAAUAGCCUGAUGCACUGGUAUACAGAUGGGUGGCAUGCGUUUCUGUGCAUUUUGGAGGCUGUUUUCUUGAAGUAAUGGAAAAAUAAUUGGAAAGGUUCAUGACAAUUGCUGCUCUUGGUAAAAGACAACAGGACUUGACAAAUUAGGUUGUGUUCCUUUUUACUUCAGAUUUGCAAACUAAGUAGGGUUUUUAAGACAGGAUUGUAGGAAGGUGCGUUUUAUCUCUAUUAGAACAAAGGUGGCAUGUGACAAGGAUGUAUUUGUUUUGCAGAAAGCAUGAAUUUUGUUCUGGUAGUUCAGGAAAAUCGUACAGCAACCUUAAAUUGGGAUCAAAAGCUGGUUUACUAAUGAUUUGUAUGCUAAGGUACAAACUCUUGUUUACUCCUGUUUGACUUUGAAAGCUGGGUUUUAUGGUGUGGUUAUAGUGAAGAAUUUAAUAUCUUGCAUUUUAUUUCUUGUUAAGUCUUGUUCACAUCAGUAGUGAUAUUUAGUUGACUUAUUCGUAGUGAAGAUCGGCUGGUAGAACGUUUUACCUCACUUCUUGAUUUCACUGUUGUUGUUUGUGAUAGGUGGGCUAUAACAUAUAUUUAUUUAAAAAGAACAAAAUGAGAGAUGGAAAUAGAAUUGAAAUUUCCUGCCCGUCAGAAAAAGAGACUUUGUAUUACCAGUAUUAUAACUACGUGUAGUACUUGCCAUUCUGCGCUUUUGUGGACCUCAGACAGAAGCCAGUCUUUGCCCUCAGUUUUUAUUAGUGUAAACGUUUUGUCAUCUUCAUCGAAUUAUUUUAUAGAUCUGCUGAGGUAUACAAUCCCAAACUAGUACAAAAUAAUACUAUCUAAAUAUUCCUUUAGGAGACAUUCUAAAACUUACUCCUGCUCAUAAUCCUUCCAUAAUGCUGAUUCCUAGUCGGAAUUACUCCGGUUCUGAUCGGGGUGGAGUGGGAAAGGGGCAGCAGCUAACCCAUUGACCACUAUUUAUUUUUUAUUUUUUGUAAUGCGGAAGUGCUGCAAGACUUGAACUAUAUACAUCCAUUUUCUGGACUAUAUUAGUUGGCAUAUUGAAAAUUAUAUAUAUUUAUGCACUGCAGUAAACUUGGGGUGUGUGUGUGUAUAUAUAUAUGUCUUAAGAUUUUAAAUUUAUAUAUAAUGCUUUAUUACAGAAAUGUGAACCACUAAUUCUAUCUUCAGCUGUCCUGUGAAAUCUCAAGUGCUGUUAGGUUAUCUGUAAAGCAUCCCCUUUUUUGAAAAUUUCGCAUUGUUUAAUUUUUUUCUUGAACAAGUACCGAAAUUCCAUAUUCAAAAGUGAUCAAAUUAAAUGUUUCCAAGUAUCUAUUUCACUUUUGAGCUUAGUUUUGUAAGUGGCUUAGAAAACUUCUGAAAAUGUUAUUUAAAAUAUUGCAGGCUGCUGUCUGAGUCCCUGUAGCUCCCCAGUCCAUUUGAGGGCAUUCAGCAUCCAGAAAAACUAAAUAAUAAAUACACACAAUAACAAAUCAUGUGUACAUUAGCAGUGUUUUGCAGUUAAAGGUAGUGAACUAAAUGUUUACACUUAGAGUAGGAUUAACAGUAGGUUUUCUUACUUAAAAAAAAAAAAAAAAGGAAAAUAAAGGAAACAAAAAUCUUCUGGUAAUUGGAGUGUGUUGCUAAGACACUCAAUUAGGCUUGACCAAGAAGCUUAAAUCCUGUCACUUGAAAUAGUUGCAAACUUAAUUUCAUAGCGUACAUAUACUCCUAUAGCUCACUCCAAGGUUGGAGAUUGGGGGCCAAAUCCCUAGAGACACUGUCACCUUAAGUUUCAGGUACAUAAGUUGAAGAUCUAGUACUCAUUCAAUCUCACAAUUGGCGUUCUUGGUUCUGCUUUCAAGCAAGGAGUUGAACCAGAUUUCCAGUAUGGAUUAAUCGGUGGUUUUAAAAUCCAUGUUGCCUCACUACCUGCCAAACCCUCCUAGGGCUUAAAGUUGCAGUUUUAGGGGCUUGCUAUAGUUUUGUGACCGGAGUUGUUAACUUGAGGCCACUCAAGGGGAGCACUGGUGCUGCCGGUACCCUGCUGCUGCUCCCCUUGGCCUGGCCCAGGCCCAUGGCAGCUGGGACUGCUCGGGAGCCCUGAGAAAACUCACGCAGCAAAAGCAAACUGGAGAGUUCUCUUCUGAGCUAGUGAGUUGGAUCGGCUCCCAGAGAGCUGGUGCGAGGAUGGGAACAUGAGGUUCAAAGCAGAGGAAGAUGAAGUGUGAAGCAGUAGAGCAGGACGGGAGGCCGGACCUGCCCCUUUGGGUGGCAGCAUGCCAUCGAUCAGCAACCUGUGCUCCUGCUGAGGAACCGGGAGGAAAGCUGUCUGCAUCUGCAUGCUGCUGGGUUGCUCUGACCCCUUUUUACAUUGCAGCCUAGGUAGGGGAUGGGGAUGGUUCUCCAACUGCUUUGUCUGCGGGGCGGAUCAGUAGAUGACCCAGACUAGCUUGUGGGUGUGUGUGGGAGAAAAAGGGGUGUAUGUCUCUGGGGAUCUGGAGAACAUAUAUCUGUCCAGCUCUAGUCCAGUGAUGAGUGUAUCUUUUGGGAAGUGAAAUAACCAGGUUUUGGUUCCCUCCCAGUUUGGAGCGGGGUUUAGAAACCAAGGUUCCCCUUUCUCCAGGGAGCGUCUGGUGGUUUGGGUGGUUGUGUAUAGCGAGAUGGAUGGCUACCUCUUUCUGGCUUUCUUUGGGAAAGAGAGAGUCUGCUCCAGCAGCAGAGGGAGGAUUUGAUACCAGAGGUCUUUGGUGGAGGGAGGCAACCAGCCCAGGCCACUGCGAGGUAGGAUAUCUCACUGAUGAACAGCUCUAGGAUCUGCUCUUAAAGGUCACCAGCCUGGCUGUCCUGGAUCUUCCUGGCUACCGCAUAGCCCUUCAUAAGAUGACUGAACCACGCGUGAAGCAACUCAUGAAUUUUCCCAGUUUGCAGUUGCAAUUUUCCCGGUGUUUGGGCUGUUUAGAAACUUGUUUAAGUUGUCCUUGCUAGGCACAGUAGCCUUGACAGCAUUGAUUCACUGCUGCUCGUGGAUCAGCACUCUUGAAUCUAGCCAGUUCCCUCAGGUUAUUUUUUAGACAUUUUUCUUAGCUAACUCUGUGUGCAAUCUGCUGGUUUCUGAGGAUCAUGUUUUCGAGCAUCUCGUCUUCUCCACUGAUUUACUGAACUGGCUGCCUGGUUAGGCACUGUGAGUUCACCGUGGCAUUGAAAGAUGUUCUUGAGGCCAAUGCGUAUAUCACUUAAGAGUGCUGCUUGCUUUGUGCGCACAGAGCCUAGAAGAUGGCAAUAGUGGAGCCUUUUUUUUCCCUCCUUCACUCCAGCUCUUACUACAAUUUCCCCCCAGAAGUUCAUUUUGCCUUCCUUUUUGCACAUGCCACAGAUUACUUCUGGAAAAGUAAAUUGAGAACUUAAGGAUGAAGAACAAAAAUUUGACCUUACAAACGGGGGAAAAGAGAUAUCAUACGGACGCUUUUGUGUCCUCCGUGCUUGUUUGACACAUAUAGUCUUGUGGCUCCUUAGAGCAGAAGGUGAUUACUGCUGUGCCCCUCAAAACAGAAGUAAAGGUAUAAUGCAUGAAAGCGCACAUAAAAACAAAACUUCUAGGUUUCAUUCCAGGGGUCCUCCCAGCAGUGGAAGAGGCAUGCAGCAGGCUUGGUCUCCGUGCCUUGACCAGCCUGAGUUGAGAGACACUUGCGCUCGCGAAUGUUCAGUGUUGGACUGGACUUCAGAAUCACGUCCACUUUGUUUUCCUAGCCCUGAGGAAGGGGCAUCCUGCAGAGCUUUCUGUUUUAUUAGACCGCAGUGAGAUCUGUCUGUCUUUAAAUGUUUUAUCAGCUAUUCCUCAAGUCGUAGUUAUUGUGAAAAUGCUGUGUUAACCUGGCUGUUUCUGGUCAAGUGACUUGUGGUAUCUUUGAGGGUACCCUGUCUUUAAACUGAA